AUGCCGGUCCAGGUGUUUUCCUUCUACAUCUUCGAUAGACAUACCGAGUGCGUCUACACCAAGCUCUGGAUCGCGCCGCCACCGGCGCUGCCCCCGUCGUCGUCCUCGCCCGCGUCCGACCUCGCCGCGCCGGCGUCCGCAUCGCACGCGACGGGCGGCGGCAGCGGCGCCAACGGGCUGCUCUCGGCGGCGGCGGCGGCCUCGGCGGCCAGCCGGCGGGCCUCGGACGACGCCAAGCUGAUCUUCGGCACCGUCUUCAGCCUGCGCAACAUGGCGCGCAAGCUGGGCGGCGACGACGACGCCUUCAUCAGCUACCGCACCGCCCAGUACAAGCUGCACUACUACGAGACGCCCAGCAACCUGCGCUUCGCCAUGCUGACCGAGCCGGGCGCCCCCGGCAUGCGCAACGUGCUGCACCAGAUCUACAUCAACCUGUGGGUUGAAUAUGUCGUCAAGAACCCCCUGUCGCCAGUCGAGCACAAGGGCGGCGAGGGCGUCAGGAACGAGAUGUUCGAGAUGGGCUUGGACAAGUUCGUCAGGGGCUUGAUGUGA